GAUUUUGGGAGACGAUUUUGGGGAAUAAAACUAAAAUGAAUCAAGGAACGCUCAUAAUGGUAGCGGCUCUUAUUUUGGUUGUUGGAGGCGCAGCUGUGGGAGGGUACGUUAUAUACGAAGAUUACUACGCUACUUCGUCCAGUAAAUCAUCCACUACAUCGGCACCAUCUUCUUCUUCAUCUUCAUCAUCGUCGUCUUCCACUAAAACUUCUUCUUCAUCUUCUUCGACUGCUCCAUCGUCAUCGUCAUCGUCAUCGGCUUCUUCAUCCUCUUCAUCCUCCUCUUCAUCGACUUCUUCGUCAUCCUCUUCAUCGACUUCUUCAUCCUCUUCAUCCUCUUCUUCCUCCUCUUCUUCAUCAUCGUCAUCAUCGUCAUCAUCGCCAUCGGGUUCUGAUACCUACUCGAAUCCUGGUGUUUAUUCUUGGAAAUGCCCAAAUGGCGUUUCCUCAGUUAGUGUUGUAGCGGUUGGAGGAGGAGGAAGCGGAGGUGUUUCCGGCAGUUACACAACAAAUACGCAGUUCAAGUCAUACACGACUCCAGGGACGUACACUUUUACUGUUCCUUCUGGUGUGACUCAAGUAGAUGUAGCAGUAGUAGGAGGUGGUCAAGGAGGUGAUGGAGGGUACUGCUCUGUCUUUGGAUACUCUGGAAAUGGAGGUAGCAGUGGAGGUUACUCACGAGCUACUCUGAACGUUUCUCCUGGUCAGAACGUGAGUGUAACUGUUGGAAGUGGAGGCGCUCCAGGAAACAAUGCUUAUUCUCCAUCUUCUGGAGGAGCAGGUGGCACAAGUAAAUUUGGGUCUGUGGUAGCGACUGGAGGACAACACUGGGAUCAACCGGGUUCCGGGUCAACUUCUGCUGGUAAAGAAGGUUCGCAAGGAACUACUAGUUAUGUAGGAGGAACGGGUGGAGCUUCUGUCUAUGACGGUUAUGGAGCUGGUGGUAAUGGAGGCUGUCUGGGAAGCGACAGUGACACCAAUCCAACUUCCGGUGGAAACGGAGCUGUGAUUGUCCAGUACAACGCUACCUUUGCUACUUGCGGUGGUGGAGGCAGCUCCGGAACUUAUGUAAAUAGCAAGAGCGUCUCUGUAACUCCAGGAACUUCUUAUUCCGUGGUGGUAGGAUCUGGUGGUUCAGAAGGGCAGAAUGGGGAGGCUAGUUCUUUCGGUUCUACCUUGGUUGUCGCACCGGGUGGACUAUCUGGAGGAGCUGGUAGUAGUUCUGCAGGUUCAGCUGGAGCCUCUCCAGGAAAAGGAACCCCAAGCGAAGAUUCAAUACCUGGUAACGCUGGGAGUGGUUCUUCCGGAGGAAGCUCAGUUUACCAGAGUUAUGGAGCGGGUUCUAACGGUGCGUGCGGUUCUUCCGCCCCUUCAUCUGCGGGAAACGGCAUAGUUUCCAUUACGUGGUAAGGUAGUUGCUCAACUGGCCCAUGGAUAAAGUCUGCCCUUUCCGA